GUCGAUCUUGGAGAAGGAGGGACCAAAGUCACUUUUUAGAGGCUUGGGUCCAAAUUUGGUUGGAGUUGCACCAUCAAGGGCUGUGUACUUUGCGUGCUAUUCCAAAGCCAAAGAGCAGUUCAAUGGCAUUUUCGUGCCUAAUAGUAAUAUUGUGCACAUUUUCUCAGCUGGCUCUGCAGCUUUUGUCACAAAUUCCUUAAUGAAUCCUAUUUGGAUGGUUAAAACCCGGAUGCAGCUAGAACGGAAAGUGAGAGGCUCCAAGCAGAGGAACACACUCCAGUGUGCCCGCUACGUUUACCAGACGGAAGGCAUUCGUGGCUUCUAUAGGGGAUUAACUGCCUCGUAUGCUGGAAUUUCAGAAACUAUCAUCUGUUUUGCUAUUUAUGAAAGUUUAAAGAAGUAUCUGAAAGAAGCUCCAUUAGCCUCUUCUCCAAAUGGGACUGAGAAAAAUUCCACCAAUUUUUUUGGACUCAUGGCAGCUGCUGCUCUUUCUAAGGGAUGUGCCUCCUGUGUCGCUUACCCACACGAAGUCAUCAGGACACGGCUCCGGGAGGAGGGCACCAAGUACAAGUCUUUCGUCCAGACUGCUCGGCUGGUCUUCCGGGAAGAAGGUUACCUUGCCUUUUACAGAGGACUCUUUGCCCAGCUCAUCCGGCAGAUACCAAACACUGCCAUUGUGCUGUCUACCUAUGAGUUAAUUGUAUACCUGUUAGAAGACCAUGCUCAGUGACGGGCCAGGAAAUUGUGCUCUAGAAGAAUAAAGCUGAAAAACUCUAGAGAGUUUUUUUUUUCCAUUGAUUAGAAUGUUUGAGACCAAAACAGGAAAGGCCGUAAAAUACCCAGCUCGUAUCACCUGUUGGACGUUGCCUUUUGGAGUCAUGCCUUCUGGAAGGUUAAAAUUCAUUAACGUUAACAGUUAAUUAAAACUUUUGAGUUUUGUGGUUUUUGGGGUUUUUUUGUUGUUUUUAACUUAAGAGGAUUUGGGAUUAAGCAGCCAGUAAAUUAAAUCAUGCUAUUUAAUUUAA